AUGGCUCAGUGUCAGAUCGUCUGCAACCCAAAGCUCUACUGUUUGUCGGCAAUCACAAAUCUGACUCCUGUCUUCAACCUGGAUCUCAUCUCUGUCAGCUCUUCAGGCCUGGUGACAGAAAUAAGGGGAUUCAACGACCCGCAGAAAGAUGAGUACUUCAAGAAGAGAAUCAGUGAUGAAAACCUGGCCAGCAAAACCAUCACACACCUGAAAUCAUCCAGGAGCCUGUACAUCAUGUGCCACAUUCCAGUCUUUUGCUGGAUUUCGGCCACUGUUGUAGAGAAAACAUCAGACAAAGCAGAAAUUCCAAGGACUCUGACUCAAAUGUACACACACUUCCUGGUCAUACAGACAAGCAUAAAAAAGGACAAGUACACAGAGAGAAAAGAGACCGAUAAAGAUGUGAUUUUCAAACUGGGGAAACUGGCUUUCCAACAGCUGGAGAAAGGCAAUCUGAUCUUCUAUGAGGAAGACCUGAGAGAGUGUGGCAUUGAUCUCACAGAAGCAUCAGUGUACUCAGGAGUGUGUACUCAGAUCUUCAGAGAGGAGGCUGGGCUGUACCAGGGCAAGGUGUACAGCUUUGUGCAUCUGAGCAUCCAGGAGUUUCUUGCAGCUCUUUAUGUGUUUCUCUGCUUCAGCAACAGACAGAGAAACAUGCUUGACCAACGGCAAACUUCUCAGCUUUCUGCUCUGUUCAGAGCUGCAACACUUCAUGAUCUACACAAGACUGCAGUGGACCUGGCCUUACAGAGUAGGAAUGGACACCUGGACCUUUUCCUCCGCUUCCUUCUGGGCCUCUCACUGGAGUCCAAUCAGAAUCUCUUAAAGUACCUACUGCCACAGAACAACAGCCAAUCAGAUAGCUCAGAGCAGACAGUCCAGUAUGUCAAACAGAAGAUCAGAGAUCAGAGUAGCUCAGACAGAAGGAUCAACCUUUUCUACUGUCUGAAUGAGCUGAAUCACCAUGCUGUAGUGGAACACAAAAAGAGCUCAGUAGAUCUGCAUGUAGAGACACUCUUACCAGGACAGUGGGAGACUAAGACAUGGAAGAAGUUCAAGAUGUCAGAAGAGCACAUGGCUGAGUUUGACCUGCAGAAGUGCAUAAAGACACCAGAGGAGGAUCAGACUGAACUCCUCAGUCCAGAGGAAGUUCUCUUGAAAGUGGUGCCAGGAGUCACAGAAGCUCUUGGUGUAAAACAGCUAUGGAGUCUGGUGGUGCUAAAGACAGCUGGUGGAGUACAGUACUCCUCCCCACACUGA